GGCCGCCUGGAGGGAUGCCUGAUACCAUCAGAUCAGAUCCAGGCCUCCUGGGAAGUAGGGAAGCCAGGCAGGCAGGCUGUCCUAGCCAAAAGCUUCAAGGAUCUCAGAAAAGCAACACCACACUUGUGUCUUCUUCCUGCUUCAGCCUCCCGAUUAAGCUGCUUCCAGCUUUCAAUUAAUCUCCGCCUCCAAUACCCUGGGACCACCCACAGCCCCAGUUUGAUUAUUUUAGAGACAUUGCAGGAACAGGAUAACAAGCAGAACUGGUGGGGGAUUCAGAGAGAUGAUGGGGAGGAGAGAGACAGACUCGGAAACUGCAGUCAUGAGAUCCUUAGAUCUCUAGGUUUUUGAAGAUGUCUUGGUGCCUCAGAUUGACUUCAUCAUGUCUUCCUCCAAGCUCCAAGAUGCAGAUGAAAUAUUUGAUUUUAAUGAUGUGAUUCCAGAGACCCAGAGGCUGGACAGCAGCUUACAGAAGGCCCGUGCCCAACUCUCAGCCAAGGGCAGGAGACAGCGCCCAUCUCGGUCCCGCUUGAGAGACAGUGUCAGCUCAACCGAAGGUGAUGAUAUCCUGGACAAGAAGGUGGGCGAAGGCUGUGGAAGCCCAAUCUAUCAUGUGAGAUCCCCUCUUCAUGAUUCCCUCCAUGCCUCCUCAUCUCUCUCUAGUUCCUCAGUCUUCACUCGCACCAUUGAGUUUUCCUUUGAUGCCUCAACAGUACAGAGGUCCCUGGAACAGGAAGAGCUUUCCUCCUCUCCUCUCAUCCGUUAUCGACCCCUGACCAAUACCCUCUCCCAGGAGGGCUUAGGGAGCACAACCACCAGCUCCUCGCCCAGGUCCUGUCCCAGCUCAGACAGCUCACCUAUCUAUGCACGAAGAGAGAGGCACAGUGAAGAUGACAGCAGAGAUGCUAGUCCUCCAGAACUGGAAAGCCCCACAAUUGGGCUUGACAAGAAAACACGCCGGAAGUUUCUGGAUUUGGGGGUCACCCUCAGGAGAGCAUCUUCUGGGAAAACCAGAAAAGAGAAGGGAGGCAACCGCCUCUCCGUUGGCAAUAGGGAGUUGAUGGAGGGUUCCAGUCGUUCCUCGGGAUCGCCCUUCAUGCCUUUUUCCUGGUUUACAGACAGCGGGAAAGGCUCAGCCUCUUCAGGCAGCACAGCUUCUCCUACCUCUUCCCCCAAGAACGAGGCCUUCAGCCGCAAGAAAUCUGCCUCCCAGGAAUCCACCCUAAGUGAUGACUCCACCCCUCCCAGCAGCAGCCCGAAGACCCUGAGCAUGGCUCUGCCAGAGACCAAGUGCUCCUAUCCAUACCAUACACUGUCACAAUCAUCUGAUGAGUUUCUGGACGAGCCUCUGAGUGCAGCUUCAAUGUGGAGCAGCCAGAAAGUGGGCCAGUGGCUUGAGAGUUUGAACCUGGAACAGUACAUGGCAGAAUUUGCUGCUCAAGAUGUGGAUGGACAACAGUUGCUGCUCCUAGAUGGAGGCAAAUUGAAGGCACUUGGUGUCAGCAACUCUCACGAUCGGUCUCUUUUAAAGAGAAAGGUGAAGGAGCUGAAUGCAGCAGUCGAGAAAGAGAAGAAAGCCCAGGAAAAGAUGGAGAAACAGAAAGAAAAACAGAAAAAGAAAGAACAGGAACAGAGGAAGAGUUAAGCAAAGAGGGGAAAGGGGGGGAAUUACCAUUUCCCAGCAUAGGCUUAGACCCAUUUUCCCCAUUCCUAUGGAACAUCUCUGGAAUGAAGGGGAUGGACAUCAGCAUCCAGGAAAACGGAGGGCAAGAUGCACGCAUGGUCCUACCAAAGGUUAUGGGCUUGGGUGGAACAUAGGGUGAAGCUGAACUUGCUCUAGGACUAGAUCAUGGUGACACCAGCAGUAGGAGCUUGGCACACCACUAACAGUGGAUUGGCCACAAGGAACAGAGAAGACAAAGUUGACAAAUAGUGUCUCCUCUACUAUGCCAGGACUGCACUUUCAGGGGGGUCAGCAAGACUCCCUCUGCCAGUGGUACAACAUGGAGGUGGGUGAUGAUGCUAUCUCCCCAGCCCCUGCUCUGUGUAAUACCUUCAGAUGACACAGCUAUAUCUCUAUUUACCUAUUGAUCUUAUUCCUCUACACAAAAUUGCUCACCUCAAAGGCUUUGAUGGGUUCACACUCUGUGUCAGUUAAGUAUCCCAUCUCACCCUCCUGCCGUUACCAGGGGAACACAGCUGCCUUGCAAAACACAAAACGAGAGAUACACAGGCAUGCAUGCACACACAUACACAAACACUCUCAAACACCAAGGUUGAGACAAUUGCAUAAGUUUCUUUUAGGUUCCCCUCUCCCUCUGCAUCAGGAGGUCAAAGCACUCUUUGCCCAUUCUUCGCAUAUGCCUACAGAACUAUAUUGCUGGGAGUGGAUGGGUAGGUUGCUCCCUGCUUAAGUAAGAGACCAAACUGUAUAGGGGGAGGAGGAGCUUUAGAUGCCUAGCAAUAUAUAGCAAAGAACCACAGUGGAAUAAAAGAAAUUUUGCAUUGUCAGCUGGUUUUGAACAUCAAAGUUAUUUCACAGUUAAGUGGAGGGUCUCCCAUUCUUCCCCAUUACUUGUUAACAGUCUCGUGCUGGCAGUACUGCUUUAAGGCUGUUUCAAAAGGAGAGGCAUAAUCCGACAUAAUCAAGAAGACCAUCUUUUUCUCAUUACUGUAUUUCUUUGCCUCAUUAUGAGGACAUUCUAUUUUCUUCUUGGGAGUUUUUUUCUGCCGGAGAGGGGAAGAAAGGAAGGAAGCUGGGCAUACGGGAUAAAGGAAGCAAUGGAUAAAAUGCAUCUUACUUCAGAAUAUUAUUUCAUAUUUACCAUGAAAUGCAAAGUCACAAUGAAGGGGAAUUAAAACUACAUCAUUGCAUAUAUUCCACCGAAAGGUCUGUUCUCAGAUGCCUUCCGAGAAUUUAGGUUUAUCCAUUUGGCACAUAGUAUCUGCACACGGGGCCAUCCGAGCAUGUCUGCAACCUGCAGCCCACCGUGCAGUGAGACACACAUACAUACUUUGCUGAAUGUGCAAUAACCUUGUGGGACUGGAGUUGCUUUCUAAACCUUUCUGUGAUAUUGCUGAUGAAAAACAAACUGCGUUCUAUUAAAAGAAUGUAGGUGUCUCAGGGGAAAUGCACUUUGCCUCUCUGGUUCUCUUAAAUUGCAUGGACAACUCAGCCCAUAUUUGAAGCUCCCGAUUUCUUCUGGAAGGAGCAGAACAGCAAUAUUUAGACUCUGUUGUCUUUUUCACUUGGGGAGGGUUUACAGCUCAAAAUGGAUGCUUUAACGCAGGGGUCUCCAAUCUUGGCAACUUUAAGACUUGUGGACUUCAACCCCCAGAGUUCCUCAGCCAGUCUUAAAGUUGCCAAGGUUGGAGACCCCUGCUUUGUAAAGUGCCACUCGUUCCAAGAAAGGCAAACAGGCCCAGUCGUAGCAGAGAUCUGCUCCUCAAUAUAGUCAACCUUUGAAUUUCUCUCAUGACUCUUGUUAUGCCAUCGCAGCCUUGAAUUACAUUCUACUAGUUCACAGAAGCCUAUAAACACCCCCAAAAACCAGGACUGUGUAGGGACUGCACAUUGAGGGUUGGAUCCAAAUCUCUAGAGAUGGCUUGUUCCCAGUUAGCAAUGGAGAAAAUACAGCUUCAUUCUUACUGGGAAGGUUCUCCUAAGGUAAGUUUUUCAAAAGUGAAUUGAGACGUUCACCCACCUAGGCCACCAACUAUCGAAGAGUUUCUGUAGAAAUCUCUGUACAGUAAAACUCAAAACUAAAAUUUGCAACUGCGGAAGAUACGUCCACCUCAUAUUGGUUUAGCUGGAGAAAGAAAGGUCAACUGAGACUUUAAGAAUUUGUGUUCAUUAAGAGGGCAUUCAAUUUUCUUCUUGGAGUUGACUUUAUCUGGGUUAGUUUUCUAGUCAAAGAACCCUUAAUGGAUUCAAAGAAACCUGCAACCCACAAUCACAGGCUUCAUUCUUCUUGUUUUGUUUUCUUGUUUAUGGAUCUUAACCUGUCCCUCAGACUACUCUCUCAAACUUCUUAAAGCUUUCAGUGCUUUGGGCAAGCGGACAGAAACCUCUCUUAGUUUGCCCAAACUCAAGUUUUUCCUGCCAGGACCCUGCAUUCCGUAAUCCAUGUUGAAGAGAACUCCCACCCCCACCCCUAGAUUCAUCACCCAGAUAUCUGUUGCAAUUUGGCAUCAUUCUGAAUUGAUGACAGACGUAUUGGAAAACAGCACCUCUCUGUCACAGUGCUUACACUGGCAAGAGCCAAAAAGCCAAAAGGUUUUGAUCACCUCUAUCCCAUUUUUCCUUGGGUGAGACUCCUGCUCUACCACCAUUUGUCAGCUAAUAUAACUCUACAAUGACAAAUACGAAGCAAUUCUUUGCAGAUGUUUCUAAGUGGGGAUAGUAAAAAUCUGUCCUGACUUGUCUAAACUGCUAGAUCUGUGCUCUGACCAAAGUUGAAAGGGUCUUGGCAAAAGAUCCAAGGUAUUUGGAGGGAAUAUACAGACUUGGAAACGGGCCACAUUUUAUCAUCAAAAAAUCAGUGAUGGCAUAAAAUGCUUUUAUUAAUUUUCUCUUCCCAUCUCAGCCCAAAAUUUUACUUGUUUCACUGCUAAAUAUUUAUGCAAAGCAGGGUGAAGCAACAGAUAUUGCAAUGAAGUCACUACGUGCUUAUGCAUACUGCAUAAAAGAUUUUCUUUUAAUUUCUACUUUGCUCCAACUCUAUUGCCAUAUGUACCCUUGCAUAUUUAUAAAGAAUAUUAUCCUAUUGUCUGUGAAUCUAUGUAAUGACUGACUACCGCCCAGACUGCUGGCUAAAUCUAGCCUGGUUCAUUUUCAGAACUUGAAAUGUCACACAGCUCUGUGAUUUAUGUAUAAAAUACUUAAUAUAUGCAAUUUUAAAAAAGGCAGCCACUUUCUCCCACACACAUGCAUUAGUAAUCCCUGCCUGAAGUCCUGAACAUUGUGAAGUUGACCCUUUCUCCAUAAAAAGUCUUUGUGCAAUUGGAAAUGCCACUUGUUUAGACUGUCACAUCUAGGAAUCCUUCAUUUAUGGGAAUUGAUGUAGAUAAAAUCUUUGUUCUUUAAAAAAAAAAAAUCAGAGCAAAGCACAUUAUAGGGAAAGGUCAUCCUAAGGUGAGCCAUUGUUUCAAAAUUAGCCCUAUGUAAAUAAUAAAGCAGCAUCACCUUGCCAGCUUCCACCCUUGAACAUGACUUUCUAUGCACAGGUUGGCAGGCAUUGGAUGUCAGUUUGAAAAAUGGCCCCAAACUUUGGAAGGGAACCAGACUCAAAGCUUACAGAAUAACAAUAACCGCUAAUCAAAAGCAGAGUUGCGGAUGCAGCCACUACUGUUCUGGUAUCCAGCAUGGGAAUCUUGGCACUGACCAUGUCCCUUCUCCCUAGGUACACAAUGUCUCAAGACAUUUUGCAAAGCAUAUGGACUUGAAAAAGAAACAGAGGGAGGAUGCUUCCUCAAGGAUGCUCCUGGAAUUAAGGAAACAUUGCAUCAAUUUGCAGGUGCCCCAAAACAAUGGAGCAAGGCGGGGUGACCUUGUUCCAAAUUGAGAAGAAAAAGGAAGCAAUAUUUAACUGCUUAGGUCAGUGCUCUGCUGGUGGGAAACACUCCUUAGGGUGCCUCUGUCUACAGAAGAAAAAAUUUUGGCCAGCAGGCCUGAGAGUUCUUCUUGUGUUUCUUCAAGGGAAUAUGCUGCUUUUCUGUUGAUCAAGUUGACAAAGCAAAUAACAAUGGUGUUUCUCCCUAAAACAAGCCUUGCACCAAACGUUCCUUGUAAUAUUUUAUUAUCCCACUUCCUUUAGCUCCCACAAAAAUGCGACAACCUGGGGCCUCAGGACUACAUAAGUGUCUGAAAAUGUUUUUUUUAAAAAAAUACUCGGAGGCUCCCCCAAUCGUAAGGGCUAAACGCAGUGGCCCAGUUUGUAAUUUCAAGCUGAGAAAAAUUGUACUAAAACCUUAAGAUAGGCUUAGCAUAAUUUUAGAAAAUAAAAAAGGUUAUCUCCUCAUUUCCCCCCCCCCACAAAAAAAGCUUAUUUCGCCCCAGAAAAAAAUUCGUGCCUUGAACUGUCUGCCUAAUAAUUCAAAUUUAACAUAAUAUAAACUUAUAAAAACACAAACAUUCUCCUAAUAACUUUGAUCUCUCAUAAACUGACAGUGAAGUGAAGUGGGUAAGGCAUCAGGCUAGAAACUGGGAGACCAUGAGUUCUAGUCCUGUCUUGAGCACAAAGCCAGCUGGCUGACCUUGAGCCAAUCACUUUCAUCCAGCCCUAGAAAGGAGAAAUUACUUUUGAAACAUUUACCAAGUAAACUGCAGGCAGUCCCCGAGAAUCGGGUAUUAUUGAACACAAGAAUUUUAAAAUGGGACAACUCUAUAUGGGUUACUUGGCUAAAUUUGCCCCCUUAUUCUUGAAUAGUGAGGGAGGACUUAUUUCUCAAAGAGCUAUGGAGGCUUUGGAGGAAGCGAAUAAUAUAAUAAGAGUAUUUGUAGCUCGUUGCCAAAUUAGAUAACACAGAUACUGCCCCUUAGUAUCUGCAUAUGAGGUUGUGAUCCAAGUACAAAAGAUAAUUUCAUUUGCAUUGCAACAUCAUGACACACAGAUUGUCAUUUGCCCUCCUCGUGCAUAGUCACCCAGAUGCCCGUACCUAGAUGUUUUCCCUGGAGGAUUUUGCAACCAUUUAUCAUUGAUUGUUUAAUUAGUAGGAGGGGGAAAAAACAAGUCAAUUCAUAUUGGCAAAAUUUCUCUUUCCUCUUCUAAUUAGAAAGCUUUGUGACAUGUAGUCCUCCAAAGUUACAAUUCUUCCCUUAGAUUGCAUGCUGCCCAUUGACGAAAGAUUACAAAGAAACAGCUCAAAAUCAACUCUCACCCAAAUUUUAUGUGAUUCUCAUAUAGCUCCACCAGGUGUCAUCAUAACAUGUUUGAGUAAUAAACAUCUCUCCUACUCCUCUCAGAAGCCAGCAAUAGGAGGACAGCUGCAUUCUGAGCAUU